GUUUUGCAGUCGUUGCUGUUUAUUCCAGCAUCUUAACAUCAUGUGCGGACAAGUGUUUAGUUUCUCGUGAUAGCUCGAUUAAGGUUAGCUAGCCGUGUUGCUUGCUAGUUUGCUGCUUGUUGGGUUUGAAGGUGAAUUACAUGAGCUCGGUGUCACUUGUUUUAUACAGAAUGUCAUCGCCUUGUAUCCCAGCUUUGUUACAGGGAAUCGAAGAUGCUGAAAGAUCACAAGGUCAAACUGUUAGGAAGAUUCAGUAGUUAGCUAUGUUAUGGCAGAUCUCGUGUUUGUGUUGAUGCGGUGAUCAUUUGAAUGCAGGAAGAUUUGGGAAACCUUCUGAUCCUUUCUGCUUGUUUGUACAAACACCUAAAUUAUACCAUACGACUUCAUAUGAAACCAUAUCAUGUUCCUUAUCCUUGUGGUCCUAAUGUGUCAGAUUUUCACCUUUCAGACUGUCAUUUAAAGAGCACUUGAGCUCCAUAUCAUGAUACACGAACAUCAUGGAGCACAGCAUGCCUCAUUAACAGCUGAUUCUCAAUCAGUUAAUAUGUCUUAACUGUAUAAUAACUCAGCUUAAUGGAGUGAGAUUUACAAGAUAUAAUGUAUAAAUAGUGAAAAUGGUACUGUUUCUGUUGAUCAUGUGUGUCCUGUGUCAAAUGGUCCAGAUUUAGACUUGCGUGGACAGACAGGAAGGCACCACCCUAAUUGGCACAAUAUAACCUAUAACAUGUGCUGCCAAAUGCUUUGGCUACAACAUUUUACAAAUACAGAUUAUUUCUGAUUAGGAGAGAACUUCUGAUUUCUAAAGGUCAUUAUAAUCAUAUACGUGCCUUAUGAUGGUUUUCAGGGUGUUUAUAUAAUAAAGCUAGAUCCGUCCUGCUGAAAAAGGUGUUCGGGUUAGUUUAUCUUAACUCUCGUGUAUUUCUGGUACAAUCUCAGACCUGAGUCUGGUUUAACAUUUUUUAAGGCAUGAUUUGUGUGGAUUUUUCGUUGCAUGUCAUCAAUCGAGACUUGUAAUAAGAAAGCAUCUCUUCUUAAACUUUAUGAUGACGUAGUUAACAACAAAGUCCAGACUUGUGGAGUGAGGAGGUGCUCAGGAGGAUUCCGUGUCGUCUUUGUCGUUGCAGGGCGUAAAAAUUAAUGUCGAGGUCCGACUUCAUAGCGGUUCGUUUGCCAGUUUCAAACAGCGAACCUGUACCUAUAGUGUAGAUAAAAAUGUCCGUCGUGGUUAUAUUUCGGAGUUUCUAAGUUGGAGUUGCUGUUACUACGAGACGAACAGUUGAGCUGAGCUGAGUUGAGGCAGUAGCAACGAGGAGAGGAGAGGACGAGUCCAGACACACGACCUCCUUUCUCGCGUUGAAAAUAUGAUUAAAUUGCUCGAAAAUUGGUCUCAAAAAUCUUCGGACUCAUGGUAAAGAGAAAGAAGAUCUCGUCCGCGGCUGAAGAGCUGGAAAAUGGGUAACGGUUCUCGAAAAACAAUCACUUUAAAUAGAGGUCGAAUGCGCGAAAGAUUUUUUCGUUGUCGUUUGUGCAGGGCGCUAAAGUGUAAACCUUCUGAAUGUCGGAUUAAACAAAGCGCAACUCGACUUAAAUGCGUCUAGUCCGAAAAGCGAACCGAAUUAAGAUAAAAUAGUGUCGUUUGGUCCAAACGGGAAGUGUGUGAAAUGUAAUUUUUCGACGCGAAUUGUCGGGACUGUGAGAGGGGGAUUUGAAACAAACAGCGGCGGCCAUGUUGAGAUGACAGUGGGCCAGCAGGCCGGUUCGGGAGUCGAGAGCUCGAACAAACAGAUCAGAAAUCUCGAAGGCUGUGAGGAAGAGGAGAGCGCGGCGCGGACACCAAGCGAGCAGCCGAGCACAAAGAGGGACGAUGAGGAAGCGCCGAGUCCGUGUGCUGCGCUCGCGUCCGGUUCAUCACCGAACCCGUCCGGAGUACAGCCGAACCUCGCGGGCCUGGGUUCCCCACCGGCCGCUCACGACCAGCACCACUUCCUCCGCUCCAGCGUGAGACCUCCGAGCAAACGGAUCCGCAAAGACGGGCCCGCGGUGAACGGACACAGCGGCACGAAAACUAAAGGGAGUGAUGCGGUUCCUGCUGUGUCUGCAUCAGGCCACGCAGGCUCAGGAGGAGCUGCUGCAGCCGGAGGGAGCUCUCGGUCUGCCCCCAGGAGCCAGGGCCCAGUGGAAAAGGAUGAAGGAGGGAAUCAAAAGCGUGCACGCAGACAGUGGGAGUCCUGGAGCACUGAGGACAAGAACUCGUUCUUUGAAGGACUUUAUGAGCAUGGGAAGGACUUUGAGGCCAUACAGAACAACAUUGCUCUGAAGUAUAAGAAAAAAGGCAAACCUGCUAGUAUGGUGAAGAACAAGGAGCAGGUUCGCCACUUCUAUUACAGAACCUGGCACAAGAUCUCCAAACACAUUGACUUUAAUAACGCGUAUUCCCGCGUGCUGAAGAAAUCCUCACAGGAGCUCUAUGGACUCAUAUGUUAUGCUGAGCUCAGGAAGAAAGUUGGAGGCUUGAUGGAUGACAAGAACGUGGCCAAACUGAAUGAGCUCAUCAUGCAAGGGGCCACCACGGUUCGUUCUAAAGGCAGGAACCUGAGGAUCAAAGCCCCCAUGUGUCGUGCGCUGAAGAAACUGUGCGACCCAGAUGGAGUGAGUGAUGAGGAAGACCAGAAGCCAGUUCGGUUGCCACUGAAGGUUGCCGUGGAGCUGCAGCCACGUAGUAACCACUCAUGGGCUCGGGUUCAGAGUCUGGCCCAUAAUCCUCGCCUCAGGAUGGUCGUGGAGUUGCACAGGAAAGUGUCCAGCCUUAUUGAGUUCCUGAAGCAAAAAUGGGCUGUUCAGGACCAGCGAAUUCUUAAGAGUCUAGCAGAGCGGGAGGCUCUGGAAGGCGUAGCCCUGCCUGGUGAUUCGGAAGAUCUGUUCCUGUAUCCAGGAGAAAGCAGCACAGUUACCGUGUUACCUGGAGUAGCUCGUGUCGUUCACUCCAAGGCCUCCUGCACUGUGCAUUGGCAGGAGACUGGGCGUGGUCGACCAGGUGUAAGAGACCUCCCAACGGCCCAGAUUCUAGGGAUUCAGCCUGUUCGAGGGAUGGGAAAACCAGGCAAGGGUGCCUCUGGAGGUGGAGACGUAAAAAGAGCCGACGGACCCGAGAGUUCAGAAAGCAGCAACUGCACUCCCGGGACAGAGAGCACUUUAAACACUGCCCAUAACACUACCGCUCUUUCUGCCACGUCAACUUCUACAAGUCUGCUGCCUUUCUCAGGACAGGAAGGGACUGGGACUGCUGAUUCUCUGGGCAUGUCUCAGUCCCAGACGUGUUCUAGUAAAGAUGCUGUCAGUCCAGGAGAGGACAUCCUGACAGACCACAGCACGGAGACUACUCCAGCAGGUGGGGUUAUAGCAGAUGGAGCUCCUCCUCCUCCUCCCCCUCCCCCUCCUCCUCCUCCUCCUGAGCCCCCAGGUCGUGUGGAGGAUGCAGCCACGACUGGUCGCUCGCCACAGCAGAUCCGUGAGGAGGGCUGGAGUUCACAGGGCUCAGAGAACGUCACUCUAGCUGAACUCUACCUCAUGAUGGGCAAGCCCGGAAAGCUGCAGCUAGAGUACGAGUGGCAGCCCAAGCCCCGGCCUUCAGCCCUGCCCACCACUCAGAGUGUGCUUCGGUGCCUCCUAAGACUCGUCUCCUUAGAGGUCAACCCCAAACCGGCUUCAGACACGUGCUCAGUAGGGACAUCUCCCAUCAAGCCGGGUCUGGAGGAACAGUCUCUGACACCGACAGGCAAAACUCUGACUGUGGGAACUCGCAGCCCCAACUGUGGGCGGCAGCAACACACAGCACGCGCCAAAACACUGCUUAAUACAGCUGGCACAGGCGGCCGGAAUCUACCACGUUCCCUGUUGGUUUCUGGCAGCGACGGUGAUGGGGGUGUGUUUGCUGUCCCAACAACACUUCCUCCUAACAGCUCCCGCCACGUACGGAUGUUUUCUCCCAAUAAGGAGGCAGAGUUGGCUUUCCGCCAGCAGCUGGACUCGAUCAGUUCAGAUAUGUUCCUCCACAAGGCAGGGAAAAAAGGAAGGGGUCGUCCACUGAGGAAGCCACUUGUUGUGCAGAGAACAUUGUUGCCUCGAACAACAGGAGAUGCCUCCCAGCAUGUGUGCUCUUUCUCAAUUCUCUCCAGCUCUUCAGCUACUGGCACUGGUUCUUUUUGGCCCAUCCAAAACCGGCUCUCAUCAUCCCAAUCCCUUGCACUCAAAGCCACUUCCACUACAAUAAAUACUGCUUCUUCUAAUCAGCUGUCCAGUGCAAUUGACCUGGCAGCAAAGUCUGCAGGCAUUAUCCCAGGAAGCCCGUGCCGAGAGGUGGAGGCCCCGGCUCUAGAGUCGAGCCUUUUGCCACAUGAGGCUGCCACGCCACCAGCACCUACUGAACCUGAACCGGAGCCCGAGCCCGAGCCCGAGCCCAACCCUGAGCUGCUGCAGCAAGAGACAGAGGGUUCUUUGCAGAACGGCGUCCCUCCACCAUCUCCAGGGGGUGGAGACUCCCUACUGGCACCUCCUAGUGUUGCUUCCCUGUUGGACAUCUCACUCCCUGGCCCUCCAGAUGAAUCCCUUCCUCCUGGAGAACCUCACACUCACAUCAGCGACUCCAUUAUUGAGCUUGCCAUCAGUUCUGCACACUAUGGUGAAGGAUCAGCUCUUUCUCCUCCCAAGCUCAACGGGAGUGACAGGUCUAAACUUCUCCCCUCCCUCCCAGACAGUCCCGGCCAUAGCUGGAUGCCAUCUCCUAUGCACGAUCCCCAGUGGUACCCCAACGACUCUAGCGACUCGAGUCUGGGCUGCCUGCUCUCAAGCCUGGUGUCACCAGAUAAAACCCGGAGGACUGUCCUCCCCCCUGCAGGGCCCUCGAGUGGUACAGCCUUACUUGGCCCCAGCCUGCUUGACAGUAACUCCCAUGAUUCUUUUCAGUCACGUGGCCUACCUGACGUUGUUGAGGUGGAUAAUCAGUUGGCCUGCAUGAUGAGCGAGAACAGCGUCGACUACAUCGCCCGCUUCAACGACCUCGCCCAAGAGCUGUCCGUCUCUGAGACGAGCCUCCCUCCUCCAUGAGUCUGAUAUGAAAUGUUGGAAGGAGAAGGAGCUUCUUACACAACCACAGCACUCCGGGAGAACUCCAGUUCGUCAGUCAGAAAGAGAGAAUGUGUUCAUGCGAUUGACCUUGUUGGAAGUGCAAUAAAGACUGCCGUGAUCCUUGAUGAUCAGGAUCGUGUGUGUGUGUGUGUGUGUGUGUGUGUGCGCGCGCGCACGUGUGUGCCCAUUAUUUUGUGGCGUGCAUUUCACAAGCCACACUUGGGCCACUUUUUAAGCAAAUUUGUUUACAAAGCAACCUCAUGUAUAGAAAUUUGCCAUAUCAGAACAAACAUUGCCUCCUAUCGUUCUGUGCGCUUCCUUUUUGUCCGUCCUACUCUGUUCCGUGUAUGCGAGUGUGAGCCAAGGCUGUUGCUCAGCUGUUUUUGUCUUAAUGACAGUUUCUUCAUUGAUACUAUAGAUCUGUCUUUGAUCAUUCUCCUGAAAAAGCCAUAAAAGUGUGUACGUAAUACACAACGUCCAUGUACAGUCUGUCUUCAAAAUUUGUGGCUCCAUAAAAUCUGAUGGCCUUAGUUUUUUUUUUCGUCAUGGGGAUGACUAGAACUAAUUUGGAAAUGCUCUGACACUAACAAUAAGCUACAUAAAAAAAAAAUAAACAUGGCUGUAUUUAAGUAGAAAAUGUAUAUUAAUCUAUGAAUCUACUUCAAGACUCCCUAAAUUGAAUAAUAAAGUAAUUGAUUUCCCUGCGGUUUGAUGUUUGACAUUCAACACUACGUUUUGUUGUACGCGGUUUUAUGGAAGCCAGUGAUUCGAUGGUUGUGAGCCUUCUGUCUGUGAUGGAAUGAAUGUUUUUGAUGUAAAUAGACCAUAACCAGAAUUGAUACAAGCAUUGACUGUGCUUUUAUAACAUUCUGUAAAUUAUUUGGAUUAUUUAUUCAUUUUCAUUGUUGCAACUGUGUCUUCUUUUUUCGUUUUUAUUUUAGAAGGCAUCAAGGAGCUUAUGAGUUGUUUUAAAGAUUUCUGCAUUUGUAUGAAAAGGGGUUUUAAGCCACCGUGUAAAUAUAAAUUUCCCACAAAGCUGUUUUAAAAAUUA